CUCUCGAAAGGAGGGAUAAAAUCCAAUCUUUGUCGGGACUUGGUGGCAUGAAAUCCCGACGAAUUUGAUCUCGGUCAGGUUCAGCGUCUCCGUUCGUGAAUAAAUUCGGCAUCUUUUUUGGGGUUCUUUGCGGGUUUUCUUGUGAUGGGGUUCGAGGAGGGUGGGGGAGUCCGCUCGGGGUUCCGGUGCCUGACGAGGAGGAAGCAGGUGGAUUCGAACCGCGUCAGGGCCGAGGAAGGGCAUCACCAGCUCGCCAAGGCGUUGUCGGUUCCGCAGCUCGUCGCAAUAGGUGUUGGUGCAACAAUAGGUGCCGGAGUCUAUGUUCUUGUUGGAACAGUUGCCAGAGAACAUGCAGGACCUGCUCUCACCAUUUCUUUUCUGAUAGCUGGGAUAGCAGCUGCUCUUUCAGCUUUCUGCUAUGCGGAGCUUGCAAGCCGUUGCCCUUCUGCUGGAAGUGCUUACCACUAUUCUUACAUAUGUGUCGGAGAAGGUGUCGCUUGGUUGAUUGGAUGGGCUCUGAUUCUGGAAUAUACAAUUGGUGGGUCAGCUGUUGCACGUGGCAUAUCCCCAAAUUUUGCCUUAUUUUUUGGAGGACCAGAUAGUCUGCCUUCAUUUUUGGCACGUGUUUCCAUCCCAGGCCUUGAUAUUGUUGUUGAUCCAUGUGCUGCAAUUCUUGUUUUUGUUGUGACUGGAUUACUAUGCUUGGGAAUAAAGGAGAGCACAUUUGUACAAUCAAUUGUCACAACUGCAAAUGUCUGUGUCUUGUUAUUUGUCAUUAUUGCUGGUGGAUAUAUUGGCUUUCAGACUGGAUGGGUUGGUUAUACUGUUGCUGGCGGAUACUUUCCUUAUGGAGUAAAUGGGAUGCUUGCUGGUUCAGCAACCGUCUUUUUUGCUUACAUAGGUUUUGAUUCUGUUGCUAGCACUGCUGAGGAGGUUAAGAAUCCUCAAAGAGAUUUGCCAUUGGGAAUAGCAACAUCACUGUCUGUAUGUUGCUUACUCUAUAUGAUGGUUUCUGUUGUUGUCGUUGGCCUGGUUCCAUACUUUGCAAUGGAUCCUGACACCCCAAUCUCAUCUGCAUUCGCGAGAAAUGAUAUGCAGUGGGCAGUAUAUAUUAUCACAUCUGGUGCCGUUCUUGCACUUUGCUCAGCUUUAAUGGGCUCCCUUCUCCCACAGCCUAGAAUACUGAUGGCAAUGGCUAGAGAUGGAUUGUUGCCAUCUUUCUUCUCAGAUGUUAAUGUGCGCACACAAGUUCCAGUCAAGAGUACUAUCUUGACUGGGAUUUUCGCAGCAACCCUAGCAUUCUUCAUGGAUGUUUCUCAAUUGGCAGGAAUGGUCAGCGUUGGCACACUUCUUGCUUUCACCAUUGUUGCAAUCUCAAUCUUGAUACUGAGAUAUGUACCUCCAGAUGAGAUACCUCUGCCGUCAUCUUUCCAGGAAUCAAUUGAUUCAGUUUCAAAUCGCUACAGUGUUCAAAACAAUGGGGACAAGGCAGAUUCUCUUGGAAAUACCGGCAGUAGCGAAAACCAAUAUGAUGGCCCAUCUCAAGAAAUUAAUAAGGAAUCAGUCAACUGUCCUCUAAUUGGGAAGGAAAUCAAUCCAGAGCAUUUCAAUGAACAAACUCGGCGACAAAAGGCCGCUUGGAGCAUUGCAUCUGUUUGUCUUGGAGUUCUUAUCCUCACUACAUCGGCUUCUUACACAUUCUUGCCUGACUUCCUUCGCUACCUGGCAUGCUCUGUCGGCGGCUUGCUUCUUCUGGGUGGUCUAUUUGUGCUUGUCUGGAUCGAUCAAGAUGAUGCUCGUCAUAAUUUUGGACAUACCGGAGGUUUCAUUUGCCCCUUUGUGCCAUUUCUUCCCGUUUGCUGCAUCCUCAUCAACGCAUACCUGCUAGUAAAUCUUGGGGCUGGCACAUGGUUCCGUGUCUCGAUGUGGCUGCUGAUUGGGGUUUUGGUGUACCUGUUCUAUGGACGAACCCACAGCUCCCUGACCGACGUAGUGUAUGUACCCGCAGCACAUGCGGAGGAAAUAUACAGAACUUCUCCCGAUUAUGUAGCGUAGAACCCAUCAUAACCUUGUAUAUUCAUGUGUCCAUUCAUGUUUGUCAUCUCUACUACUAGCAUUUGUGUUUUGGUUGCCUAGGGCAUCAUUGCAUCCCUGCAUAUGUUUAUGGAAAAGGACCCUUCUUUCGGGUGUAGUGUUACUGCUGUCUCCGAAAGGAGUGUGUAAAUAUAAUUUGAAGAAACGAGAUUGUAUGGGUUGAAGCCAAGCUUGAGUUUCUGAUUCAGUCAUUAUAUAUUA